UCCCUGCAGCAAAGAUGGCGACAAGCGCGCGGCACCGGCGACGUCACAGGGAGCGCGCGUGGUGACGUCAUCGCAGCGCGCCGGGAGUGCGGAGCUCCGUGCCAACCUCACUCCUCACGCGGUGGAUGCUGCCGGGGUUCUAGCCGGUUUCGGCGGGAGCGGCAGCCGCAACAUGGCAGAGACCGCGGCCGGAGUGGGCCGCUUCAAGGCCAACUAUGUUGUGGAGCGCAAAAUCGAACCUUUCUACAAGGGUGGAAAAGCACAGCUGGACCAGACUGGCCAGCACCUCUUCUGCGUCUGUGGCACCAGAGUCAACAUUCUGGAGGUGGCCUCAGGGGCCGUGCUGCAGAGUCUGGAGCAGGAGGAUCAGGAGGAUAUCACUGCCUUUGAUCUCAGCCCUGAUGAUGAGGUGCUGGUGACAGCCAGCCGGGCGUUGCUGCUGGCUCAGUGGGCCUGGCGAGAGGGCAGCGUUACCCGCCUUUGGAAGGCGAUACACACAGCCCCCGUGGCCACCAUGGCCUUUGACCCCACCUCCACGCUGCUAGCCACAGGCGGCUGUGACGGGGCUGUGCGCGUCUGGGACAUUGUGCGGCACUAUGGGACACACCACUUCCGAGGCUCGCCUGGUGUUGUGCACCUGGUGGCCUUCCACCCAGACCCCACACGCCUGCUGCUCUUCUCCUCGGCCGCAGAUGCCGCCAUCCGCGUGUGGUCACUGCAGGAUCGGUCGUGCCUGGCUGUGCUGACUGCCCACUACAGCGCUGUCACCUCACUGGCCUUCAGUGCCGACGGCCACACUAUGCUCAGCUCGGGCCGUGACAAGAUCUGUAUCAUCUGGGACCUUCAGAGCCACCAGGCCACGAGGACUGUGCCGGUGUUUGAGAGCGUGGAGACCGCUGUGCUGUUGCCAGAGGAGCCGGCAUCCGAGCUGGGUGUGAAGUCCCCAGGCCUGCACUUCCUGACAGCUGGCGACCAAGGCAUUCUGCGCGUGUGGGAGGCAGCUUCUGGGCAGUGUGUGUACACACAGGCCCGGCCACCGGGCCCUGGCCGGGAGCUGACCCACUGCACCCUGGCCCGCACCGCUGGCCUGCUCCUCAGCGCCACUGCCGACCACAACCUGCUGCUCUACGAGGCUCGCUCCCUGCGGCUGCAGAAACAGUUCGCUGGCUAUAGUGAGGAGGUCCUGGAUGUCCGGUUUCUUGGGCCUGAGGACUCCCACAUCAUCGUGGCCUCCAACAGCCCCUGCCUGAAAGUGUUUGAGCUGCAGACAUCAGCCUGCCAGAUCCUCCAUGGCCACACAGAUAUCGUUCUGGCUCUGGACGUGUUCCGGAAGGGGUGGCUCUUUGCCAGCUGUGCCAAGGAUCAGAGUGUCCGAAUCUGGAGGAUGAACAAGGCUGGCCAGGUGGUCUGCGUGGCUCAGGGUUCCGGCCAUACGCACAGUGUCGGCACCAUCUGCUGUUCUAGGCUGAAGGAGUCCUUCCUGGUGACAGGCAGCCAGGACUGCACUGUGAAGCUGUGGCCCCUUCCCAGAGCCCUGCUGUCUAAGAACACAGCCCCAGACAGUGGCCCUGUCCUCCUGCAGGCCCAGACCACUCAGCGCUGCCACGAUAAGGACAUCAACAGCGUGGCUGUUGCCCCCAAUGACAAGCUGCUGGCCACGGGCUCACAGGACCGCACGGCCAAGCUCUGGGCCCUGCCACAGUGCCAGCUGCUGGGCGUCUUCUCAGGCCACCGGCGUGGCCUCUGGUGUGUCCAGUUCUCUCCCAUGGACCAGGUGCUGGCCACAGCCUCAGCUGACGGCACCGUCAAGCUCUGGGCGCUCCAGGACUUCAGCUGUCUCAAGACAUUUGAGGGGCACGAUGCUUCCGUGCUGAAGGUGGCCUUUGUGAGCCGGGGCACACAGCUGCUGUCCAGCGGCUCAGAUGGCCUUGUGAAGCUCUGGACCAUCAAGAACAACGAGUGUGUGCGGACGCUGGAUGCCCACGAUGACAAGGUCUGGGGGCUGCACUGCAGCCGGCUAGAUGACCGCGCCCUCACUGGCGCCAGCGACUCCCGAGUCAUCCUCUGGAAGGAUGUGACCGAGGCGGAGCAGGCAGAGGAGCAGGCCAGGCAGGAGGAGCAGGUGGUCAGGCAGCAAGAGCUGGACAACCUGCUGCAUGAGAAGCGGUACCUGCGGGCGCUGGGCCUGGCCAUCUCCCUGGAUCGGCCCCACACCGUGCUGACAGUCAUCCAGGCCAUCCGAAGGGACCCUGAGGCCUCUGAGAAGCUAGAAGCCACCAUGCUCCGACUGAGGCGAGACCAGAAAGAGGCCCUGCUGCGCUUCUGCGUCACGUGGAAUACCAACUCGCGCCACUGCCACGAGGCCCAGGCCGUGCUGGGUGUGCUGCUACGGCACGAGGCCCCCGAGGAGCUGCUGGCCUACGAAGGCGUGCGUGCGGCGCUGGAGGCCCUGCUGCCCUACACUGAGCGGCACUUUCAGCGGCUCAGCCGGACACUCCAGGCCGCCACCUUCUUGGACUUCCUUUGGCACAACAUGAAGCUGCCUGUGCUGGCCACCGCCCCCACGCCCUGGGAAACCCAUAAAGGCACCCUCUCCUAGCCGGCUGCCUCUCUCCAGUCCAUCCCAACCCCCUGGGGAACCCAUAAAGGCGUGCUCACCUAGC